ACAUGCCGUGCGCGGGACCGCGCAAGCGUGUCCUCCAGCCUGCGAAACUUCCUGGCGGCACGGAACCCACACAAUCGGCACCGUCACCGAUAUACGUCGACAUGCACGCUUCCCUCGGAGUACCGCCAGCGCAGACGUCCUCCUCGCCAAGACCUCAAUCUCGUGCGUUGUCUGUCGCCUCCACAUGGUGUCUCCUUUUUCCUUUUACUCCCACCAAUAAACUGCGCGAGCUGGUUCUCCAGGCCGAUGAAGACGAUGGAGACGCGUGUGAUACAAACAACAGCUCGCCAAGUUAUAUCAUGCGACAGCUGCACGAUCAACUGGUCCAACCGAAUCGUACCGACGGUGCAUUGCGAUCGGGGGGUGUCAUAUCCCUCUGGAAUCGGUCCCAUGUCGGCUUGGUGAUCAGUUCUGUCUUGGCAGGGUUUAUGCUCGGCGCGCUCCCGUCAACCAUCGUAUCCUUGAAGGUCCAAGCUCGGGUUGCCACGACGGCACAGCUCCUUGGCCCUGCGUUUUCGCCAAUUUACGGCCUCUCGUCGCCAGUGAUGUUCUUCCCUGCGUCUCUUCGCUUUUCAUUUGGUCUAGUGAGCGACAUCUUUCCCAUCUACGGGUCCCACCGAAUGCCGUACAUGUUGAUGGGAUGGGCCGCGUCAUUUGUCAGUUUUCUCAUCGGCGGCCUCCUCCUGUCAACCUCCGUCAUCCAAGAGCCUUCGCUCCUGCUCAUGCUGAUUGCAUGUUCAGGCGUCACGAUGGCCGACGUGGCUGGCGACGGUCUCCUGGUUGAACUGGCCCAGCGGGAGCCAGUCGCGUUUCGUGGCAGGACACAAGGUAUUGUCCUGGCAUUCAAGUUUCUUGGCGUGGCGCUGUCCCAAGCAUACAUCGCCGUCCUUGAAGGGUCUUUAUUCACGCAGUGGACUCCCUCGGAUCCCAACUACCUCGGCUUGAUCUAUAGUCUUGCCAUGCUGUCGGUCGUGCCCACUCCGUUCGUGUAUUUUCUUGCGACGAGUCGACAUCCGCCAGGCGCAUUGCCCACUUCCCUCACGACGUCCUCACCGCGCGCUUCGUUCCUCGACAAUGUGAUCGCUCUCUGGACCUGCCUUCAAUCGAAAGCGAUCGCGGCGUACUUGCUCUUCUCGUUUCUGUUUUCUCUCGCGAUCCACGUUGGAAACGGCGGCACGUCCGUCUUUAAGCGCGAGGUCCUCGACGUGUGGAUCGAGCGGUCAUGGCUGCACCAUGGCGACGCGAACGUAGCCCCUCGACAAAGCCUGUUUGUCGUUGGUGCUGGCGCUGUUGUGUUUGGACUCGCCAUGGUGGCCGUGACCAAGCGGCGAUGGAAAGCGGCACUGGCGUGGUCGACCAUAGCCAUCGGGGUGGUUGGCAGCCUCCAUGCAUCGUGCACAGUGUACGGGACAUCUCGUGUGUCGUGGUUCUGGUACGGAACGCUGCUGGUGCUGCAGGUCCCCCACGGCAUCCGCCACAUUGUAAGCCUCUUGCCCGUCGUGGAGUACGCCCCGGUCGGAUUCGAAGCCACGAUGUCGAGUCUCGCGAUGUCGGUUCAACUAGUAGCCGUUCCCAUCGUGACCGCUGUGUACAGCACCACCCUGCAGGACACGUUGGUGAACGUGCUCGAAGCCGACACGGCAUCGAUCACGCCGUCGGUGCAAACUCAAGUUGGCGACUUGAUGGCUCUUGGUCCGUUGGCUAGUUUUGGUGUGUUUGUCAGUCUCAUUUGGCUACCCAAUUCACCCGUGGAAGCUCAAGUUUGGCGAUGGGGUGGUGGUCAAAGUCGUGCCGCCGGGUGGAGCGUCGUGGCGCUGUGGUGGGCUGGCUGCACCUUGCUCCUCGUCACUAGCACCCUCACUAUGUACUCUAGCUGGUCCUGUGGAGUCGUCCUCGGGGGAAUCGGGUGUUCUGGAGCCAUCGUUCCUGGACCUAGCUAGUGCGAAUUAAUUUAAUCGGAUUUGCUGAUCAA